CAAAAAAAAAGAAAAAAAAGAAUGGAAAAACAAAAUUAAGCUAUCAAUCUGCCACCGGCGAUAAUCAAAGCAGCCCGACGACCGUAUUUGCAAGAAAAUUUCAACGUUCAAAUCGAGCUCUGCUCCAUCCAAAUCCCAUCGAAAUCCCUAUCUGAAGCUGAAGCUGAAGCUGAAGCUGCUGCCGCUCGCUCCUCCUCGCCUUUCCUCGUCGCGAGCUGCUCUCCGCUCCGCGAAUCUCCUCCGGCGACCGUCGUGCAAAAAAUGAUCCGAUUCAUACUGUUGCAGAACCGGCAGGGCAAGACCCGCCUCGCCAAGUACUACGUCCCCCUCGAGGACUCCGAGAAGCACAAGGUCGAGUACGAGGUUCAUCGGUUGGUGGUCAACAGAGAUCCCAAGUUCACCAAUUUCGUCGAGUUUCGGACACACAAGGUUAUUUACAGGCGAUAUGCUGGACUAUUUUUCUCGCUCUGUGUUGACAUAACGGAUAAUGAGCUUGCAUACUUGGAGUGCAUUCACUUAUUUGUAGAGAUUUUGGAUCACUUCUUCAGCAAUGUCUGUGAACUAGACUUGGUAUUCAACUUUCAUAAGGUAUAUCUGAUACUUGAUGAAUUCAUCCUUGCCGGUGAAAUCCAAGAAACAAGCAAGAGGGCAAUUAUAGAGAGAUUGGGGGAACUUGAGAAGCUAGAGUGAUGGUCCUCUUACCAUCUAAAAGAAAUCUUGAAGUGGGAAAUUGGAUAUUCUGCCUCCCUUCCCUCCUCCUGGUUGCACUGCAGUGCACUGCAGUUCGGUGUAGCUAUUUUUUUCUAGAGACGUGCUAUUGUGCUGUGAUUGGUUUUGUCCACAUUGUUUGUCGAGACAUGCUAUUCAAAAUUUACUUUGCAUACUAUUCGUGAUUGCUUCCGGUUAUUGCACUUUGUGGAAGUGUAUCCUUGUCAUUUGAGGAUCAUUUGACGAGUCAUCCGUGCUCAAUUCCAAACUUCAUGGGAGAGAGGCCCACACGUUACGUAAUUCAUCUUUUAUCCUCA